AUGGGUCCUUAUUACGACGGGUUGGCUGCGUUUCUGUUCAGACAGCUCUUCUACACUAUCCCUGAUCCACCUCCGGUACGUCUCGACGGACAGAGAAUACUGGUGACGGGGGGUAACUCGGGGGUCGGUUACUCAUUAACGUCGAUGCUGGUUUCUCGCGGCGCCGAGGUGGUCAUGGCGGUGCGUUCCAUCACCAAAGGGGAAGAAGCGAGAGACACCAUCCCUCACGACGAUUCCGGAGCUCAAAUCUCAGUCCGAGCUUGUGACCUUGGCUGCUUUAAGUCGAUGCGUAGCUUCAUUGGCGAGUUGCACCGUGACGGGCUCACUUUUGAUUUAGUUGUUUUCAACGCCGGGGUGUGGUGCGCCGAAUGGAUAGCGUCAGCGGAUGGACUCGAUAUGACGCUUCAGGUGAAUGUGUUAGCCAACGCCUUUUUGGCCACCUCUCUGCAACCUCUUUUACGAUCCACAGUAGGAAGACCUGCCCGAAUGAUAUUUGUCACCUCUGAAGGGCAUGCCAUGGUUCCCACCAACUUCUCGCGAGACGAGAGGAUGCUGGCUCGUUUUGACCUGCAGCCGCCUCGGGUCGUCUUUGAUCAUUACACGCAUUAUUACUCGUCGAAGUUAUUCGGCCUAUUGUGGGCCCUGGCUUUUGCUCGCCAUGUGGACCCAGAAAAGGUUUCCGUUGUGCUCGCCUCUCCUGGCCUCUGCCAAAGCAACCUAUUUCGACACGUCCAGUCAGGACCCACCAGCCUCCUUACUUGGUGCUUUGCGCGAUCUUGUCCCGAUGGUGCCCGAAUGAUCUUGAUCGCUGCUCUUGCAGAAGCCAAUUGUCGUUCCCCUCGUCUAGAGAACACCUACUACAGCCAAGGCGACAUUGCCCCGUUUGCUUCUGGGCCAGAAGGGCUUUUUUGGCAUGAAAAGCUCUGGGACGAAGUUGCUCAAUAUCUCAGUUCGAUCAAUUAUGCGUCGUGA